CAGCAUUAGCUUUUUCACACUUCCAUCACACCAUGACGUGCCAAUUCCAACUAUUUAUUUAUUUAUUUAUUUUCGUUCUCCAUAAUUGAUUUGUCUCCAUGCUCCAUCUCUUUCCAUCAUCUUCUUCCUCUCUUGCCGCCUCUUGCUUCUUCACCCAUAACUGUCUCUAGCUCUCCCUCUUUAGUCCCCAAUCCACUUCUUCGAGUUUGAUUAAUCGCGUAGUAAUUUCCCCUCUUCUAUUCGAUCGUUAAUUAUUUUUUCAGGGGCUUGUUUAUAAAUGGGCUGCUCCCACUCGUGUCAGCUGGCCACGCCGCCGCCGGGCUGCGUGCGGGUGAUCCACGCCACCGGACACGUGGUUGAUUUACCGGCGCCGGUGACGGCAGGCGAGCUCACCGGGCGUCCCCCCGCUCACGUUCUCGUCUCCGCUGCCCGCCUAGCCACAUUCGGAUCGGAGCGCCUCCUCCCCGGAGAGCGCCUGGCGGUCGGCGGCGUCUACUUCCUCCUCCCCCACGCGCUCCUCCGCGACGAGUCGUCGAUCGUCGACCUCGCCACGCACAUGGGCCGCCUCCUCGCCGCCGCCGCCAAGCGGGCGGUACCGGUUGUGGACCCGCGUAAAGUACAGCCGCGGGCCCGGGUGUGGAAACCGGUGCUGGAUCAGAUCGAGGAGACAAACCCUUGAGAACGGACGUUGGAGAUAAGACUGGAAGCUGAAACAUAGGGAGAAGAUAGCGAACGGACGGUUGAGAUUGGAGGACUAGAAAAACAUUGCCAUGAAAAGCUUGUAAUGUUCAUUAAUCGAAUGGUAAAUAUGUAAUGCUCAAAUUUUAGUUCAAUGUUACUGCAUAAUAAUUAUUUUCACUAAAA